UGCAGACUGUAUUCAAAUUGCUCGCACGGCAUCCGUCCGUCUUCUCGUCGACUCAACCUGUUCCUACCUCAAGGUUGCACUCGUCACUACCUCUAACUCAACACGCUCUCGAGACCCAGGCAUAGUCUUCGCGAGGCAGCAGCAGCAGCUACUCUCAUUUCGUCGGGUGAUUUCGACGUCAGCAGGUGCCUUCAUCAUCGAGGACUACAUCGUGGUUCUCAUCAGCGGCGGAAGAUUUGGCUUUAAAGAAAGGUUCUGAAGAUGCAAGACUCUCUGGGCGCACUUUUGGCGAUUGGCCUGAUCUGGCUCGUCUUCCGUUUCGCCUUUGGCUCUUCGUCCUCGUCGAGUUCUGGAGCCGGCCGCGGACAAGCGGCAAUAGGCGGCGCCGCACCUGCACCUGCUCAGAGCAUAGCGCUGCGAGAAAGGGUCAACAAUGUACCAGCAGAGAUGGUCCAAACAGUACAGACUAUGUUUCCACACGUAUCUGCAGAAGCUAUCCGAUACGAUCUAGUCAGGAGCGGCAACGUAGAAGUGACUUGCGAAAAGAUACUCAACGACGGCGGUUUGCCAGAGCCGCCGACUGGACUCUUCGGACCUGCAAGACCUCCGCCGCAGACACGACCGGCAGAGUCAGCACGGACAACCAGCGGAGUGCUAAAGGGCACAGGCAGCUCAAGCUUAAUAGCUCGCUUCGGCCUAGAAUCAAGGCUCGGUGCUGCAGAUGCUGCAGUAGGGCACGAAAUGGGAAUUGGCAAAGGCAAGGGUAAACAGGUGGAUGCUUUGAUUGAUCCUACUCCUCAGAGUGUUAAGAAGGCCUGGAGCGAUGAUGCGGAUAUUAGGACCAAGGAGCUGCGCAGAAGGAAGGAGCAAAUGAUCCUGAAUGCCAGGAGGCGUAUGGAAGCUGCAGCUGCUCAGAAGAGCUCGCCCUCUGCGUGAUGCUGCUACGCUCAGCACACAGACCGCGUUCAUAUCGUCACUUGCUUGUCUUAAGCAGAUCCAAAGCACUGUCGCUGCUGGCGACUAGGAGAAUCAGACAAAAGGUCACCAAACAAAGGAAUGUAUUAUUGUGUCGAGUAGUCAAUCGCUCGAGAAGAGUGUUGGCGAAGCAGGAGGGGUAUGAAGCGUUGACUCGCAAAUCAGCGCGGACGUUGCGGUGUCCCUGUUCGCAAGUAUGAAUUGGAAUGGAGAUGAGAGAGUGU